GUUUCUCCACCUCUACUGCGGACGCCAAGUCCAAAUAAAAAAAACUCCCGUUCCUCCGCCAGAUGCAGUGCACCGAGACUUGGGGCCCUGAGAAUCCUGCGUGGGAUUGGGACUCCGAAUCCGCCCGAUUGCGGAUCCAGACGUCUGCAUCCGCAUUCGCAUCCGCAUUCCGCAGAGCGCAGCAUCCGGAUCAAAAUCCGCGGCUCCAAAAGAACGUCUGUCCACGAUGAGCACCAGCGAAGGGAGUGGCCACGGAAGUGGGAGGCCGAAUCGAAAUGGAAAUGAAACCGUCAGCCUGAUGCAGGAUAUUCAAAACAAGUACGCCUUCCUCGAGAAUCUAUUUAGCAAGUUUUGGAAGUCCAUCAUCAAGUCGAAUUCAAAUCUCAAGCUGCAGCUGCGGAAUGUCAAGUGGAAGAAUGCCAAGGCCAAGCCCGGUUGUGCCUACCAGCCGACGGAGAUUGAGCAGGUGGCCAAUGUGAUUACUCACGGGAUUUGGAUACUGCCCGCCGUGUUUGCCGCAAUAAAGCUGUUCGAACGCUCAUCCAGCUCCAGCCAGUAUUUGGUCUCCUGGGUUUACGGCGGAGCCCUUUGCAUGCUCUUCACGGUGUCGACCUUCUUCCACUGCUCCUGCUACUGCGCCGAGCACAAGCCCCCGAGGAAUGUCAAGGCCUGGCCGAGCUUGGGCUGGCAGACGUACCAGGGGCUGAAGAACGUGCUGCAUCGCUGCGACAGGGCCAUGAUCUAUGUGUUUAUCGCCGGAUCCUACUUCCCGUGGCUCACCCUGGAAAACACCGACCACUCGGCCAUACUCUUCUGCAUGGAGUGGGUCAUCUGGCUGAUGGCGGGCGUAGGAAUUGCCUACCAGCAGCUCUUCCACGAGCGCUUCAAGUGCCUGGAGACGUUCUUCUACCUGGUGAUGGGCCUUGGUCCGGCCUUGGUGGUGGUUUUCACUGGCCACCACUUCCACGGGAUGCUGCAGCUGAAGUUCGGCGGUGCCUUCUACAUCCUGGGCAUCGUGUUCUUCAAGGCGGACGGAAUGAUACCGAUGGCCCAUGCCAUCUGGCACCUGUUUGUGGUGUUGGCCGCCGGAUGUCACUACUACGCCAUUCUGGUGAACCUCUACCCGGGCGAAGGAGCCAUCGAGCCGUGAGAAAGGGGAGGGAGCAGCAGUUGGGGAACACAGCGAAUUUAGACCUUAGAGUACUUAACGACAGGGAUUCGAUUUUGUCAGCCAUGUGUAACGUAUUCCUAUGAUGUACAUGAUGUACCCGAGUCUCUGCUCCACAAUUAGCCAAAUUUUUUUGCGAGCGAGUACGAAUAGUUGUAGUUAAUUAGCAUUACAGACUAACUAAAUCGAAACGAUUCUUGUGAUCAGUAUCUGCGGUCCUGCCAAAGAUUCAUAUUGUGCGAGUGCUCAUGUAUCUUUCUCUCUCUAUAUAUAUUGAUAUUAUUAGCUAUAUUCAAAUAUGUACUAUAAUAUUGUGUACACCUUUACAUUGACCAUGUUCCAGCUCACGUUUUGGCCAUGUGUUUCUCAAAAAGACUAUUGUACAUUGUACUCAAAAGGCGAUCGACACAAACGAAAGUGAAUUUGUACAAAACCCGAAAGUUUACAACACGAAUUUCCACGCCCACCCCUCGCCUUUUGAACACUAGGAGCCCGCCUAGCCUGCAUUACAUUAUGCAUGUUUAUACAGAUUAUACAGAUGUACCAUAUACUAUAUACUAUAUACCAUAUACCAUAUACCAAUAGCAUAUACCAUAUACCAUAUACAGACCUAGCUAGAAUUAAGGAGGCGUCAGAUCCGCGAGCCCAGCCCCUUUGGCCAGUUUCAUCGCUUAGCUCAGGGACUACUCGAUGUGUUCGCAGAUACUGAUAUAUAUACGCUUGAUAUUUUGGGGCCUGGCUCGCGAUCGGCGGAUAUUGCUUUCGUGUAUUCGUAUAUUCGUAUUUUGGUGUCUGCCGUGGUUAUUUCGGUGCAGCUCGAUUAGUGUUAAUGCGGGAUUCUAGGCAUAUCCCAUAGAACUCCGUAGAUGCUUGAAUAAAUGGUUUAUUUCCAAUUGAAGGCGAAUGUUUUAAAGGGGGCGCUUAAAAGUGUUACAAUUUAUAAUUUAAGAUGACUUGCUGUUGUAUGUCUUCAAAUGUUAUUUACUAUUUAUCUUGUUAAUUUACCAUUUUUUUUUCCAAAUAUAUAAUUUUAUUUACAUA